GCGGUGGCAAAGACCCGGGACCGCCUCGGGAGGCGCGGAGCGGGGCGGGGCCGAGCCGAGCCGGGCCGGGCCGAGCCGAGUUUGUCCUAGCCGCGAUGGAGGGGGACGAGGCGGCGGGCCUGCUGGCGGAGCGCGGCCCGGGCCGGCUCAAGACGUACCGGCGGCGGUGGUUCCUGCUGGCCGUGGUGUGCCUGCUCAACUGCUCCAACGCCAUGUUAUGGCUGACAUUUGCUCCAGUGGCUGACCAGACCGCUGCCUACUUCCACAUUUCCCUGGAGAUGGUCAACUGGCUCUCAAUAGUGUACCUGCUCAUCUCAAUCCCCUUUGGUCUGGUGGCAACAUGGGUUCUUGACAGCGUGGGGCUCAGAUGUGCUGUGAUCCUGAGUGCAUGGCUGAAUAUGAUGGGUAGCAUCAUCCGGAUGUUCAGCGUCUUGAAGUUCAUGAGCUUGGGCUCCCAGAAUUACUGGUACCUGUUUGUUGGGCAGUGCCUCUGUGCAUUGGCUCAGCCUCUUGUCAUCUUUUCACCAACUAAGCUGGCAGCUUUAUGGUUCCCAGAUCACCAGAGAGCAACCGCAAAUAUGAUCUCAUCCAUGUCCAAUCCCUUGGGUAUUCUUAUAGCAAACGUUCUGUCACCUGCCCUAGUUCCUGAAGGAAGGCACAUCCCAUUGAUGCUAGGUGUUUAUGCCAUUCCUGCCCUAACGGCCUGUAUUCUAGCCACUGUGGGGAUUCGUGAGAAGGUUCCUCCAACACCUCCUUCAGCCAGUGCCACUAACUCCACCUCUCAGCCUUUCUUCCUGGGGCUUAAAAUGCUCCUGAGAAACAAGCCCUACAUCAUCCUGGCAGUGUGCUUUGGAGGAGGAAUUGGGAUGUUCACCUGCUUUUCAGCUCUGCUAGAACAAAUCCUAUGUGAAAAUGGUUAUUCAAAUGUAUUUGCUGGUCUGGAUGGUGCUCUGUUCACAGUAUGUGGUUUGUUGGGUGCCUUCCUGCUAGGACUAUAUGUCGACCGGACAAGGAAUUUCAUAGAGUCCACUAAAAUCUGUUUCUGUCUGAGUGCCCUUGCCAGCAUCGUUUUUGCAGUGGCUUCUCGGUUCAGAGAUCAGGCAAUUGCUCUGGCCAUCUCCAGCUCAAUCUUUGGUUUCUUUGGUUUUGCCAUGUACCCUAUUGCCAUGGAGCUGGCAGUGGAGUGUUCCUAUCCUGUGGGAGAAGGCACAUCUACAGGACUGAUUUUUGUUGCAAGCCAGAUUGAAGGUGUGAUUUUUAUGAUUCUGCUGCAAGCCCUCACCGUGCGUGUUUCUAAGGACCCAUCUUCUACCUGCGCUCUUGACCAGGACGGAGCCCUAGACUGGACAAUUCCAGUCCUGUUGAUGGCGGGCCUCUGCAGUGCCAUGGCUUGUUUCUACGUCAUCUUCUUUCACACUGACUACAAGCGGCUCCAUGCUGAGACAAACAGUAGUGACACGGUCAAGGCAGAAGAUACAGGAUCAGAUGAUGUUCCUGAAGCCUAAUCCAGCUGAAAAGGUCAUACCAAGGGACCAGUUAGGGAAGGACUCAGGCCUGUGAGCAGGGUUCAGGACUGCAUGUGCUCAGCUGGCAGGUGGGGAUAUGGGUCCUGCUGCAAAACAAGCACUUUGGAUUUCAGAAGGGGGGGCUGCAGCAGUCAUUGGGCACAUUUGCUGUGCUUCCUCCAGUCUGGUAUUUAUUUGUGAGUGUAGCAAUGGGCUGCCAGAGAGAUCAAAGAGGAAAUGGACAACUGAUAACAGGGAUUUCUCGCUGAUUUGGUUCAAGCUGAAGAAAUGUUGCAGAGGACAGGAGCAUCAUAUUUCACCAUUUUUGCAUGUGUACUUAGAUUAGUAGAGAAGCUUUCAGAGGGGUGGAAGUACUUCCUACCACAGACAUGCCAGAAAAAUUGCCUUCAAGAGCUGUGGUUCUCAUACAGUAAGGAUUCUUCCUGUUAACUGUGGAGCUAAUUGUGCCUCCUAGGAUAGUGUGGCAGGAGCUACAUCAUUCUGCUGCAGUGAGAAGAUGUAAGUGUAUGAUCUGCAGUAUAAAUCUGUUGCAAGUCAGACACUAAGGAAACAGGAAAAGAAACAGGACUGUUAGAGAAAAAAUGAGUAAGCAGCAAACAUUAAGUAUACCAGUUUUCCUUGCCCUGUCUGGUCACUUGCCAGAUGCUGAGACAUUUUAGAUCAGUUUGUUUUAACUGGGCUCCUGUUGUUUCAUCAUCUGUCCUGCAAUUCCAUUGAUUCAAGCUUUGCACAAGAAGACAAACUCGCUGGUGUGAUUAGGGUUGUAUAUCCCACCAAGCCAAGACAUGCUUUCCCAUAGGAGAGCAUAUGCAGAAGUCAGGUCACUUUUUUGUGAAUGGUGUGACAAUGCUUGGUGGUGCAGAACUGGCAAGAGAACUGGCAAGAUGACCAUGUAGAGAAUGGAUGGCAGCUGCACAAGUUACUGCAGAUGACAGGGUUUUUUUUGACGAAGAUCAAAUGAGAAACAACAACAUCAAAAAACCUUAAAUUUCUUUCUGCAACUGACAGCUACUCUUCAGCGUUUGAAGAGAUUGUUAGUGACACAAAAGAUCCCUUUGGAGUUCAGUUAUGCUACCAAUUGCAAUGGGUACUUUUCAUUUUUACAGCAAUACUUGCACAGCAGUCCAGUGUCCUGCUUUGGUGUUCAGGUCUUAAUGUACAACUUCAGGACUUUCUACCUUCGAAUAUUUUGGUGCUAAAAAAACUAGAUGGUGGAACUUGGGGAUGUUUCAUACCAUGGAGCUUGCAGGGGGAUCUCAGAAUUGUUGACCUCUGAAAACUGACUGUUUUUUCUCCAGUUUGGUUAGAUGAUCACAAGGCAAAGGAUGCACUUUCCCUAAGAAAUAAGGUAAAAAAGAACUCUCUCAAUGACUGAAUUCUCUUCUGUGUUAGCAUGUGGUUAGCUAUAUAUGUUCUGUUCGUUGCCAGGAUGACCUUUAAAGGUUCCUUCCAACUCAAAUGAUUCAGUGAUAUGGAAUUUUCUCCCUUUAUAAAACAAAUUCCUGCAUCUUUCUAGGGGGCCAGCUAGUUCUUACAGCUCCAGCCUUGCUGUCCCUUGCAAGCACUGAUGUCUGUCAAGGUGAGCAGGAAGGAUGUCUUAAACUGAAGUGAAGCAAGAUGAAUACAGAUCUGUCAGAGGAAUGAAAUUAGCCAUCUUUGAUAUUAACUUGUUGGUAAUUUCUGCAGCCCUGGAACUAAUACACGGAAUUAACACCAAAUACACCCGUCACUUCUGAGUCCUGCUGUACUGGGAAGCAAAAAUCACUUGGUACUUUAUAAAUUUAUAUAUUGACAAAUACUUAUGUUUUUUAAUAAAGGGUCGUUUAA